CAACCGAAAGAAAAAUAAAUAAACCCAUCAACAAUGCCGACUGUUCAAUCGCCAAUCAUGCCAAAAUCUGGUCGCAAGCCUCUUCAACCCAAGAACAUUCCGGCCAAUCAAGUCACUGAGAUCCGAAUCGCAAAUCCCGACCAACAAAAAUGGAUCGAGAUAAGGCUUGUGGGAGAUUCGGACAAGGAGAAUCGUCCAGUGCAUACCACAUGUACCCCGAGCAAAAUCUCGUCCAUGGAGCCUUUGGAGGCAUCGCUUGCGGAGGAGCUUGGUGAGGUGAAGAAGAAGCUGGAGAGAUUGAGAUGGGAUAAAGAGAGGACUGAGAAGAUGUUGAAAGAGAGGGAUAGGGUGUUGGAUAUGCAGAUGAAGGAGCUGCAAUCGAGAGGGGAGAUCCAGAAGAAUCUUGAGAUUGAGGUUGAUAGAUUGUACAGAUUGAAUGAGCUCAAGUCCUACUGUAUGAGAAUCUCUCCAAUCCGAACACUCCGAGAGAAAGAAAGAGAAAAGAAAGACUGUGAAGUAGCUCAAUUGGAGGAACAGAAAUCUGUAGAUGCGGAGGAAUCUAUAGAUGAAGAAAUGUCAGUGUGUUCAAGUUCUGCUACUCCACAGCUUGCCAUAAGGAAUCGCUAACUUUUUGCUCAGUUUUCAAAUUUUGGUUUGGUUUGGUUUGAUUUGAUUCCCCUGUUUGUAAGUCUUGAGAAAGAAAAUGAUAUAAUAGCUCAUUAUCAUCAUUGUUAAAGUUGAAAUUUUGAAAUGUUAACAGCUCCUUUUGGGCCGAAACUCGCAA